GAGGCUGCGGGAGAGGCUGGCGGGGGGAGAUCCAGACGUGCCCCGGGUAAAGAAACUGGAAGCUUGUUGGAUUUAGUCGCGUGUAGAAUGAUCUCUUUGGAGGAAAAGAGCUGAAUGGCCGCCUGCGAUCAUUCCGGUGACUGUAGGAUCGGUCCUAUAAUCGAAAAGUCAGUUGGAGAUCCACAACAUCCCUUGGACCCUAUUGGAGCAAUGUUAGAGGACAGAGGAAGGAUAGAGACACAUCCUUUGGAAAACAAGAGAACUGGAAAAGGUUCUUCAGCUGUUCCGCCUGGGAAGUGUGGAAAGCUCUGGACAAGAACUGGUCAGAUAAUCCUGGAGGAGGAAACCACCCUCCGUUCAGAAGUUCAGCCUUGGAACUUCACGAGCAUCCAAUACCAGGAAGCUGAAGGUCCCCGAGAACUUUGCAGCCGACUCCACAAUGUAUAUAGGCGAUGGCUGAGACCAGAAAAGCACACCAAGGCACAGAUGUUGGACCUGAUUGUUCUGGAGAGGUUCCUGGCUCUUCUGCCCACAGAGAUGGAAUGCUGGGUGCGGGAGUGUGGAGCUGAGACCAGCUCCCAGGCGGUGGCCCUGGCAGAAGGCCUCCUCUUAAGCCAGGCAGAGGAGCAGAAGGAGCAGGGAGAACUGCAGUCCUUCCCUGUGGAGAUCAGAGAUCCCGAGGGAAGGAAUAAUCCAUCAAAUCCCCACCAGGAGCUGCUUUCUAGGAGGAACCAUCAGGAAGACCCAAGUCAAGUUACCUCAAAAGAGAAACAUAGGAUGAAAUUUUCUGAUCUUUAUGGUGGAGCUGAAACAGUGGUUGAACCUCCAACUGAAGUAAGAGCAGAAAAAUAG